UGUCACAGUGGAUGAGAAAAUCAAGAAACUUGAUGCUGAAUUAGCUAGAUACAAGGAGCAGAUUAACAAGACUCGACCUGAUCCAGCUCAAGAAGCUGUUAAAGCUCGAGCGAUGAGGGUCCUUAAGCGAAGGAGAAUGUAUGAGGGAUAGCCUGACAUGCUGCAUAACCAGACAUUCAACCUCGAUCAAGUUGCCUUUGCCACAGAGGGAAUUAAGGAUGCUGAACAGACCGUCUGUUUUACAAGCUUUUACCACAAUUUUAUUGUCUGAAGAGUGUUCCCUUUGCUGAUACACCAACAUACCAUUGACUUCUACAGACGUCAGCACUGAAGUCUGCUAACAAGGAGUUGAAAGGGAUGGUGAAAAUUGUGAAUACCUCAGACAUAGAUAGUAUGCAAGACAAGAUGAUGGAUUUGAGUACAGAAAUCCAAGAAUCUUUGGGAAGAAGCUACAAUGUUGCUGAUGACAUUGAUGAGGAAGAACUAAUGGGAGGCAUGGUACCAUGAUAAUGUUACAUUACUUGUCUAGAGCUAGAUGCGCUGGAAUCAGACAUGGGUGCAAAGAUGGAAUCUGAUGCAAUUCCAUCCUAUCUUCAACCAGAUACGGAAACGGAUCUGGAUGCAAAACUCAACUUACCUGCAGCUCCAACAAGCAAUGCUGCGGCAAUGCCCAACAGAGCGAGGCAGCAGACCGAGGAUGAACUAGGUUUACCUGCUGUACCCCAAAGCUUCUAUACGCAGUUAAAAGAACACUGUUCACAGAAUGGUAAAGCUCAUAUUCAUGACAGCCACAAUGUUCUUCAUUUUUACAGUAGGACAUACAUAUACUCCCCGAUACGGUUCAGGAAAGACGAAGGAGAAUCCUACCGUCACAUUACCGUCAGGACCGACGGCACCUCCUCCGCCUCCUCCGGUCGAAGAUGGCGGCAAGCAGACAGGGCCCUCGCGGAGCCCCGUGAUCCCGCGGGAGAUUCGACAACCGGGCGCGGAAGCCGUCGUCGCCGCGUCCCCCGAAACCCCCCCGGCCGGCCGGCGUUGGUGCCGAAGCUGAUGGGGCUCGAGGACCUGUCGGCCCUCACGGUUGCUGUGACACCGGAAGCGGCGGGAGCUGCAGCGGGCUCUGGAGAAGUGCGACGAGGACCUCAGGACCCUGAGGCGGAUCAUCGAGGCCGUCCGCUUGGGGGAGAUCCACGCUAAGGCGGUCUCCUCCUC